AUGAACCGAGUGUUCAUAGACUAUCUGGAUGCGUUUGUCCUCUUUUUCAUCGAUGACCUCCUCAUCUACUCGCCAGAUCCGCAGACACAUGAGGAGCAUCUGCGAAAGAUAUUGCCGAGACUAAGGGAGAACCGAUUGUAUGCAAAGUUCAGUAAUUGCAGCUUUUGGUUACAGGAGAUUGGAUUCCUGGGACAUGUGGUAUCGGCCCAGGGCAUUCAAGUCGAUCCGACAAAGAUCGAGGCCGGCAUGGAGUGGCAGUCCCCGACUUCUGCGACGGAAGUCAAGAGCUUCUUGGGACAAGCCGGCUAUUACCGACGAUUCGUCGAGGGAUUCGCCAAAAUCGCUCGACCCUUGACGAAUUUGACAGGAAAGAACGUUAGGUUCGAGUGGACGGCAGACUGCGAAGAGAGCUUCAGAGAGCUAAAGCGGAAAUUGACAUCAGCACCGAUCCUGGCAUUACCACGGCUGGGAAUGCUGUACGAG